ACCAGUCAGUUUACUAUCUCGUUUCUUAUUAGCUGUCACUACCAACUACCACCAACAGCCAUCCUCCACCGCGGACCACCGACCACCGACCGCCAUUCCACACCUCAAUUUACAGACAUUCGCCUUCAGGAAUCCCUGAUUUUAUCAGCUCCACCUAUGGCGACCACCACUACGUCUCCACCUCCAUCGUCACCACAUGAAGAAGUAGAGAACGACAACCUGCAUCAGCUAAUCUCCGGUUCACAGCCCCCGGCGGCGUCCGUCACGACACCGCCGUCGCCAAUUGAAGAAGUAGACCACCGCCAGCAAUUUGCAAACUCAAAUUCGCCUUAUUCGCCACCACAGACAUCCGUCUCCCACCAACCGGAAAACCAGGUCGACCGCCAACAACCACCGCCUGAAUACGUUGAAGACCAACGGGAACCUCCGAUUCUUCCUUCACCUCCAUUAGAAGAAAAUGUUACCGAAGGUCGGCAGACUUCGUCACCGCCUUCGCUUUCACUCCAUUCACAACCACCAUCGCCAACAUCAACAGGAGAUGAACAUCCUCCGGAAAACCUUAACCCUAAUCAUGAAUCUCCAGUUUCAAAGCAAUCGCUAUCACCAUCAACGCCGACAACAAGACCAGAAGAUACUGUGCACAUCCCUAAUUGUAGUCCUAACCAGGAGCAUAAAUCUCCGUCUCCAUCUUCACCGCCACCACGACCAGAAGAUCCUAUGGAAAGCCCUAAUUAUGGUAAUAACCCUAGCCCUAACCAGGAUCAUCCACCCCCGACGCAAAAUUCGCCGCCACCAGGACCACAAGAUCCCGUGGAAAGCCCUAAUUAUCGUAAUAACCAUAACCCUAACCCUAGCCAGGAUCAUGAAUCUCCGUCUCCAUCUUCGCCGCCACGUCGAUCUCCAUCUCAAUCACCAUCAGCAACAACACUCCAAGCAAGCCCUAAAGCAGAUGAAUCACCUAAAGACCCAUAUUCAUCGCCACCACCAACCGCCGAUUCGCCAUCGUCACCCCAGGAUACCCUAGAACCCAACACUGACCUAAUUCCACUACCUGCACCACCAGUAGGAGUACCAUUCCUCCUCCACACCGUGGCCAGCUCUUCACCAAGUAAACCACAAGCCUCACCCUGGACCCACCCCGAAACUGCGAACCUGAUCCAAGCUUACCAAGAAAAAUGGUACUCUGUAAAGAAGGGACCCCUCAAGGCCAGCCAGUGGGAAGAAGUAGCUAUCACGGUGGCUGUACGCUGUGGCUACGAUGAGCCCACCAAAACAGCCAAACAAUGCCGCCACAAGAUUGAGAAACUGCGUAAGCGUUACCGUUCAGAGAGGGGCAAACCUCGAUCCAAAGCCACUGUUUGGAAUUUCUUCAAACUCAUGGACAACCUGCAAAAAGGGCCUCUGCCGAUUUCAUCAUCACAGCCUAUGGAAUUGGUCGAAUACAAGAACCCAAGCAGUUCGAAUGGCAAAAAGAGGAAGAACGAUGACAAUGAUGAUGGUGGAAGCGAGAGGGUUAUGCGAGGCUUGAGGACUCCAGUGGUUCACAAACAUAAAGGGUUUUAUCAGGAAGAUAAUGGGGAGGAGGAGGAGGAAGAAGAAGAAGUAGAAGAGGGCAGUGAUGAUGGUGAAGAUGAAGAAGGGGUAGCAGUACAAUUGGCAGCAGAAAUAAAGGGUUUUGCUGAGAGGUUUGUAAAAAUGGAGAACAAGAAGAUUGAGAUGAUGAGGGAUACAGAAAGGUACAGGAUGGAGAUGGAGAAUAAGAGGAUGGAAAUGAUACUUGAAUCAAGGAAGAUGCUUUUAGAGAUAGUAAACAAAGCUUUCAAUAGCAGCUCUCAUAAAACACAGAAGAAGCUGUCUGCAAGCUGACAACAAUUCAAGAUUCAAAAGGUUCAAGCUUUCUUUCCUUGUGUAGUCUACGAACUAUUUCUGUUCUGCCCUCUUUUAAUAAUUAGAUUGUAGGUUUAAACAACUUUCAGGUCC